AUGGAGCAUGCAGGGUGGAUCGAUUGCGAGAAGAUCGAUGAGCUGCUGCAUCAGCGUAUUCGAGUCUUGGUGAGCCUGGAUGGCUCGGACCAGUCUUCCAGCGCCUUUGAAUGGGUCCUCCAUGGCUUCACCCAAAACGACCGUGAGACAGAUCUUCUUAUUGUCCACUAUUACGACAACACAAAGGAGUACCUCCCACCAAAGUGGCGGAGAAAUGCAAUCCAAGCCGAUGCGGAAGCCAAGUGCACCUCGUACUUGGUUUCAAAGCGAUACUUGAUCAGCGUUCGUGAGCGAUCGCCGGGAGUAAAGAUCGGCGUCCUCCUUUGCCAGGACAUAAAGGAGCAGGGCACCAGUUUCUGCGUCAUGGGCUUCGCGGGACGCAAAGGCAAAGACAAGCACAUUAUUGGCUCGAACGUCCUGGAGGUGAUGCAGCGGGGCAAGUGCAGUUGUGUUGUGUUCAAAGAAGCCGACCCUAGCAAGUUGCCACUGAAGCGGCCCGCGAAGUUUGUCGUGUCCACUGGCCUGAACCCAGCAGCCACGAAGGCGUUCAUCGAUGCGCUCCGCCUCUCACGCCCAGGAGACGAGAUCCACGUGGUCUACAUCCGGCCGUACUUGGAGCCCCACUCCAAGGAAAGCAAGGUCACGGAGGCGAUCCGCCAAAAGUACGACUCCAUCUUCGAAGGUAUGAAGGAUGCUGCGGCAUGGCCAAGUGGCAAGAUGGUGAAGUUCAAGGACAGAGUUGUGAAGCUGGUCUUUGCCCCACAAGGCAUCAACGAAGGCAUCGCCCAGGCCCUGGUGCGCUACGCAAACAACUUCGAGGCUGACUUCGUUAUGGUUGGGACCAACGUUCUGCGAGUUGACAAGGGGAAACCACCGCUGGGCUCGGUGUCCUUGCAGAUUGUGAUGGAAUUUCCAGGAAACUGUGUUGUCAGCAGCUUCAACCCAGACACUGAUAUGGCUGUCGCGGUCAAGUGA